ACGUGCAGUGCAGUGCCUGCCUGAACAUUUCACACAGACUGUAGCCUACACACCACACCUGAUAUGCGAUUAUUUUUAAUAUUUCGCAUACUAUUUCGUGCUCACCUCACACAGGUUCACACAACUGUCUGUUGACUUCUGAGUUAAUUAUAGAGUUUACUUCAUGUAAGUAAGUUUAGUCUUGUGACGCUAACAUAGCCUAGGCUAGGCCUACUCAACGGAUAACAUGUUGGAUAAAGUCAUCUUCAUUUCCAAACCUAGAGAAUGUACAGGAUGAAGGGAGACUGAGGUAGGAGCUGACUCCUGGUCUGCAGGACCGACGACCGCACCGCCAUCUGGAGUGAUCGCUGGUGCGGCCUCCAGAGCAGCAUCUGGCUGUGGCUCUGAUGGAGAGGCCCAUUCAUCCCUUCCCAGAUGUGUCCCGCGGCAUUCCGGGUGAUCUGGAAGCCUCCAUCUCCUGAGUCCAAUUUAAUUAUCUGCGACUCUCCCACACUGCAAUCCGCUUGAUUUUGAGGCAUCUCCCAAAUGGACUACAAAUAUGGCCGCCUUAGCCUCCCUGCCCAGGCUGAGGACUACAGAAGAGAGCCUAUCCUGCAAAACGCAGGCAAUAGGUCGAUGAGCCUGUUGGCUCUAGUGGAGGGGAACAGAGGGCAAUGGUGGCCCUGGGGCAACAAGAAGGCCAAGCUUUAUAGUUUCCUGUUUGGACUGACAGUGGCCUUUCUGAUCACAGCAUCCUAUGUCCUUAAUGGUGACAAGAAGGGUCUCCUGCUGACCCCAUCGCCAUACCACUUCCAGGUUGUGAGCAAUACAGGACAUCACCCUUAUAACCUGACCUUUGACAGAGACUAUGCUGGUGUUAAAGAGGUGGUGAAGAGCAUUGUAGCCAAAGUGGAGUUCAGCCAUCGAAGAGUGCCUGAUCUCAAAGAACUGCUGGAAAGUGAACCACAUAUAUUCUCCGUUAUCCCCCGUAAGUUCCUCACCAGCAUCAAAAAUCCUUGCUGGUACGAGGAGCAUAUUGGGAAUGCCACUGCUGACGCCUACGGGAAGAACGUGUACACCCUCUACUCACGCCGCUUCCAGGCCAUCUACAAAUACCUGAGGAAUGCUUUGAUGGAACAUCUGUACGAGCACGGAGGGAAACGGUACCGCCUGCGAUGCCUCCCUUACUUCUAUAUCAUGGGCCAGCCGAAGUGUGGCACUACGGACCUGUACGACCGGCUACGCCGGCACCCUGACGUCCGCUUCACAACUAUGAAGGAGCCCCACUGGUGGACCAGAAGAAGAUUUGGUAUCAUUAGGCUGAGUGAUGCCUUCCAGGCCCGCUACCCCAUGAAGGACUACCUGGAUCUGCUUGACCUGGCAGCUUUUCAGAUUCACGACAAUCUCUUGGGGAACCGAUCCAAAGGUCGCACCAAGCGGGAUAUCAUUAUUGGUGAGGCCAGUGCAUCAACUAUGUGGGACAACAAUGCCUGGGUGUAUUUCUACCAUAACGGGACAGAGGAGGAGCCACCAUUCUUGGUGCUGGACUUCAUUCAUGCUGUUCAACCUGAUGCCAAAUUUAUUGUGAUGCUCAGAGAUCCAGUAGAGAGACUCUACUCUGAUUACUUGUACUUCGGCCUGGCCAACAAGUCCGUGGAGGACUUCCACGAGAGGGUGUCCGAGUCCCUGCAGCUGUUGGAGACGUGCCUGUCUGAGAGCUCCCUGCGUUCCUGCGUCUACAAUACCUCCCUCAAUGUGGCCAUGCCCGUAAGACUCCAGGUUGGCCUGUACAUAGUGUAUUUACUGGACUGGCUGUCAGUGUACAGCAAAGAGCAGAUCUUAGUGCUUCGCCUGGAGGAUCAUGCAGCCAACUGCAAAAAAACAAUGCACAAAGUCUUCAAAUUCCUCAGUUUAGGACCUCUGUCGGAAGAGAAGGAGGCUGAAAUCACUAAGAGUCCAGCUUCCAACACCAGGAGAAAAGCUGACCUGAACCUGGGACCCAUGUUGCCUGUGACAAGGGACAUCCUCCAGCAGUUUUAUUGGCCCUUCAACCAGAGACUAGCCAAGAUGCUUCAAGACAAGGCCUUCCUAUGGACACAGUCCUGAGAAGAUGAACCAGUUUGUCUUUGGAACAGCAUUUCCAUAUAGAUGGCUUUUAGGAGACCUCCAAAUGGAGACACUCCACUGUGACAGAGAUGCAAAAUGCUUCUAAAGACAAAAAUAAAUCCCUAUCAUUAUAGGUAUGUAUGGAUACCUGGAGACUUGGACUCAGAAUGUUGAAGCCACACUACUGUCCUUAACCAGAGUCUUGAGAGCCAGCAACUCAGUCUUCAUGAGGUUCUAAUGAAUGGCUAAAGCUGUCAGAUUCAAGAAAUGUCCUUGGCAAAAAUAAUUGAAUGUCUCUCUAUAAAUGAAUUUCCAAACUGCCUCUGCAGCAAGUGAAAUGCACAAAAGAUGUUCUGAUGAUGAGUGGGUGUCUCUACUUAUGUGACCUUUUCUGUUUUUGUAUCGGUGAGGAAGUAAGAUAACAUGAGAAAAAACAUGGGAAAUAUCAUAAUUAACUCAAGGCGAAUAUCAGAAUCCUAAAGGAGUGGUGUGCUGGGGUCUAUAUUGGCUUCUUCUGAAAUGAGUGGUUACUGUAUGUGUAACAUCAACAUAAAGACAGUGCUGUUUACCAUUCAUCAUGCCUUUCAUGCAUAGUAAUACAUUUUACACUGCACAAAUUAACAUGUAUGUACAAUAACAUCCAUUCCUGUCAUGUUAUUCUGAAAGCGUUCUGUCAGUAGGUCUAUAAGCCACAUUUAGCUGAUUACCUGGUAUGAUACUCAUAUGAGAGAGAGGUAUUUAAAUAAGUGCAGGUAACUUUAUUUGUACUCUUUUGACUUGUUUAUAUUUUUUUCAUUGGUUGAAUAUACUUUACACAAUUAUGGGUGAUUACAUUAUACUGACCAUGGGAAAUAUUGAUAAUACAACUGAUAGAGAAGAUGUAUCUGCUAUUUGCACAAAUAUCUCACAGGGAGAAUACUACUAGUAGAGUUUGACUUAUAUAGUUCAACAAACAAAGGGUGUGUGAGACAAACAUAACAUUACAUUAAGCUGGUGUAGUUGCUUUCUAACACAGUGUGUGUGUGUGUGUGUGUGUGUGUGUGUGUGUGUGUGUGUGUGUGUGUGUGUGUGUGUGUGUGUGUGUGUGUGUGUGUGUGCAUGCAUUUAUACACAGCCAUUAUAUGGGUAGUGUCAUGUUCUAGGUAAGCGCUUAUUAUCCACAUUAUCCAUUAUGUCGGUGUACCUCAAACUAUGGGAUCAUGAUGGAUAGCUGUAUUAUAGUAUUAAUGACAAGACUUACAGCACAUAGACGAUUGAAAAAAGUGCAAAAUGAAACAGUUACAUUCUCAAAUUGACAUUUCAUUUUAAAAUUACACCACAUACCGCACUAAGACAUUCUAUAAUAUGUUGUAGUUGUGAAGUACAGCACAGAGGCCCAAAUUAUCAUCAUUUUAAUGGAAAUGAUGGGUAUUUAAAAUGUAUAGGCCAGAAAUAUAGCUGACCUGGUUGAACUGAUUUCACAGAGGAAAUACUUCAGAUAUGCAUCCAACUAAGAAACAGCCUACCAACAAAAUAUUGUUUACACAAAUUUAACCUCAUACUAGACACUGUAUUUGUUUUCAGAUGUCCACUCCAACACUCUAAUAUCACUGGAAGUAUACAUAUCUAAGAACUGUCAGUGACCAGUUGCCAUGAAGCACCUUUUCACCCUUCAACAGAUGUAGAUUAAACAAAAAAAAAAAAAAAAAA